GAAGAAGCAGCAUUUUAACUGACAAAUCAGCUAAUCUUUCUCCUCCUUCUUCAUAGAAAUCCAGGAAAGUCGAAUUAAUCCCUGGAAGGGAAAACAAUGAACAAUGCAGAUGUCUCGAAGCAGAUCCAGCAGAUGGUUCAAUUCAUCCGUCAAGAGGCGGAGGAGAAAGCCAACGAGAUUGCCCUUUCCGCCGAGGAGGAAUUUAACAUUGAGAAAUUGCAAUUAGUUGAAGCUGAAAAGAAAAAGAUUAAACAAGAGUACGAGCGGAAGGGGAAGCAGGUGCAAGUUCGGAAGAAAAUGUAAGUCUUCUGUUUAGGAAUUAGGAUCAAUGUGAUGAAUUUACGGUUUUUUUUU